UCACGGUCCGCUUUUCCGGCCAAUAGGAACCUAGGUGGCCUAGCGGGAGGUUGGUGUCGCGCUGCUGGGGUGAUCUGGCGCAGAGCUUAGGUGGUGUUCGGCGCUUGCUCCUGCUCAGCCUCACUGCUUGCAGCCACCAGGUCGUCUGCUCAGCUCUUUUGGCCGCCGGCAAAAUGUGGAUGACGCCUAAGAGGAGCAAAAUGGAAUUCGAGGAGACUCGGGGAUUCCGGCCCGAGUGGACCCAGCGUUAUUUGGUGGUGGAGCCUCCGGAGGGCGAAGGGGCCCUGUGCCUGGUCUGUGCCCACCUCGUCGUGUCCACCUGCGAACGCGACGUCAGGCGCCACUACGAGGCCGAGCACCAGUACUACCAGCGGUAUGUGGAGGAGGGCGAGCGCGCGGCCCUGGUGGAGCGGCUGCGGCAGGGGGACUUGCCCGAGAUCAUCCCGCCCACCCCCGAGGAGAGAGCUGCUCGUGCAGGCCUCGGGAUCGCCCGCCUCUUGGCCCUGAAGGGUCGCGGCUGGGGUGAAGGGGACUUUGUGUACCAGUUAAUGGAGGUGGUGCUGAAAGAUGUAUUGCCGGAUCACGUAGACGUUUUGGGAGGCAUUGAUUUAUCUCCAGACACCAUCCGGCAGAGGGUCCUGAACAUUAACGAGAAUCUACGUAGUCAGCUUUUUAACCGAGCCAAGGACUUUAAAGCGUAUUCCCUUGCGUUGGACGACCAGGCUUUUGUGGCCUAUGAGAACUACCUCCUGGUCUUUGUCCGCGGCGUGGACCAGGACUUGGAGGUGCAAGAAGAGCUUCUGACCAUAAUCAACCUAACUCACCACUUCAGUGUCGGUGCUCUCAUGGCGGCAAUCCUUGAGGCCCUGCAGACAGCAGGGCUUAGCUUGCAGCGAAUGGUUGGACUAACCACGACCCACACUCUGAGGAUGAUUGGCGAGAACUCAGGACUGGUGUCAUAUAUGAGAGAAAAGGCUGUAAGCCCCAACUGUUGGAAUGUCAUCCAUUAUUCGGGAUUCCUUCACUUGGAACUGUUGAGCUCCUACGAUGUGGACGUGAGUCAGGUCAUAAAUACCGUAUCUGAAUGGAUACUUUUGAUUAAAACAAGAGGCAUUAGACGACCCGAAUUUCAGGCUUUACUAACUUCAUCUGAAUCAGAGCAUGGCGAAAGGGUUAAUGGACGGUGUCUGAACAAUUGGCUUAGAAGAGGGAAAACUUUAAAACUACUAUUUUCGUUAAGGAAAGAGAUAGAAGCAUUCUUGGCUUCCGUAGGGGCAACGACAGCCCAUUUCUCGGACCAACAAUGGCUGUGCGACUUUGGCUUCUUGGUAGAUAUCAUGGAGCACCUUCGAGAACUCAGUGAACUGUUGCGAUUCAAUAGAGUCUUUGCUGCUACCGCCUUUGACCACAUUUGUAACUUUGAAGUUAAGCUGAAUUUACUUCAGAGACACAUGGAGGAAAAAAAUCUCACACACUUUGCUGCCUUGAGAGAAGUUGUUGAUGAGCUUAAACAGCAUGUUAAAGACGAUGAAAAAAUACUUGAUCCUAAUCGGUACAAAGUGGUAUUCAGUCGCCUUCAGAAAGACUUUGAUAGACAUUUCAAGGACCUCAAGUUCAUUAAAAAGGACUUAGAACUCUUUGCAAAUCCAUUUAACUUUAAACCUGAAUAUGCACCUAUUUCAGUAAGGGUGGAGCUAACAAAACUUCAGGCAAGUUCCGAACUUUGGGAGGAAUAUAGGAACAAAGACUUGGGACAGUUCUAUGCUGGGUUGUCUGCUGAAUCUUACCCAAUUAUCAAAGGGGUUGCCUGCAAAGUGGCAUCCUUGUUUGAUAGUAGUGAAAUCUGUGAAAAGGCUUUUUCGUAUUUGAUUCGAAACCAACACACCCUGAGCCAGCCAUUGACAGAUGAGCAUCUCCACGCCCUGUUCAGGAUCGCCACCACGGAAAUAGAGCCACAUUGGGAUGCUCUUCUAAGGGCAAGAAAUGACCCUAAUCCAUAAACCUUCGUAGUCCAACAUUGAAACACUCAACCAGAAUCCAGUUCUGAAGGCCAAAAUUUGAUUUUUCAAGUGGUACUAAUUUGGAUUGUGAGAAAACACCAAGUUUUUUCAUUCAAAUUAAUCACAAUUCAGGUUCUCCUGAUUUUUUUUCCAUCUCAAGAGGCAGCAUGGGACUGAAACAUGCAAACACCUCUUUUAAAGCUUAAUGGCAAAGUCACUGUCUUUUGCUUUUAUAAUGUAAUUGUUUUUAAAGAAGUUUAGUACUGAUGAUGUGAGUGGAGUUAGAAGUCUGUUUUUAAGGUGUUUCGAAGAAAUUUUAGCUCUUAAGUGAAAUGUUGAAAUUCUGAUGCAUAUAGUCUGAAAUUAUCAGCUCCUUAAAUGUAUGUUUGAGCCAAUUUGCAGAAACUCGUAUAGCAAAUUCUGAAGUUUCUGAAAAGGAAGAACGUACAUUCAGUGGAGGUGCUUUACCAGAGUGUUUGAAGCUUUUUCAAAAACGUGUGUGAGUCUGAGUUAAAUAUUGACAGGUUACCUCCCUCUUACCUCCUCCCUAUCCACCCCAGUGCUAAUGCUAUUACUAAUAGAGGAUAUAAUCAAGUUAAAUUUUAGGAGCAAGAAUUAUUUUUGAGUCGCUGGUUAGAAGGCUUCCUGCAGUUUGGAGAUCAGACUAAGCAAUUAUUGGAGGUUUUCCCUGAAUGAUUCACAAUUGGGUGCUGUUUUACCAGCUCGCGUAUUAAAGGACUAUGUCCAGCAAAUUCAAGGAACCAGGAUGCAACCAAGAAUUUAGAAGGAACUGAUGCCUGAGCAAUCAAAAUAGUGCCAUAAGAACCCAAGAACCAAAAUUGUGUCAUUGGUUCUCAACCUGAGGCAAGUAAACCAACCCCCUUUCCACAAGAUGUUGGGACAUACAGGGGAUUUUUUUGGUUGUUACAUUUAGUAGGGGGGAGGGGGGAUCUGCUGGCAUUUAAGUCAUAAGAUAGCCUGGCGCAAUGAAGAAUCAUCCCUUUCAAAGUGCCAGUAGCCCCUCCCAGGGUAGAUUAUUUUAUUUUGAGGGAUGGGGAAAAUUACCAGUAGAAGCAAAAUUAGAAGGCCAAGUUGGGCAAACUGACAAUACUUGAUAGGGAAGACUAAUGCCAACAUUCUGAGUGUGGUUGGUAGGGUGCCGUCAAGUCCCUGUUAUGUUCUGGCAGCUCACAGUAGCAUUUAUAAAUCAGUAAUUGAUAUUGAACCAGAAUAAAGGGCUUGAUUCUGUUAUAUACAAUUCAUUGAGGGCAGAAAAGCAAGAGUUAUGACAAGAUACUUACCAAGAAUGGUCAAGUUGAGAUUUUAGUUAACAGGGAGUAGGCUUACAUUUUGGGGGG